CAGGUGGGACGUGCUAAGAGGCAGACAGGGAGUGAGUGAAUGAUAGAGAGAGAGAGGGGGGACAGAGAGGAGCUGAGAAGAAAAGUAGUUGCAGGAGGCAACAAUGGGAGCUGGCGUUCAUUCCCCUACCGUGAGUAACUGCAGUGUUGAGAGCUCCGGCAGUCACUGAGGCAACGCAUCCCCAUGGCGGUGGCUGAACUGUACACUAAGUAGCUGCUGGUACUUGGGUUUCUCACUGGAGCAGUUGUGGCUGGCUGAUUCGCUUUUCUCUUGGAGAUACUGGUGUCGAUUCAGAAUCCUGUUUUAAAAACUCUUGGAUCGCAGCAAUGAGGUCUUCUGUUGGGUGUACAUAUCACAAACAAUUCCGUUUUGUACAAUAGUGUUUGGAUUCCUGACCCUGAUGAAGUCUGGCAGUCAGCGGAGAUCACCAAGGACUAUAAGAAGGGAUCUGAUGUACUACUUCUGCAGCUAGAAGAUGGCACUGAAUUGGAAUAUCCGAUUGAUCCAGUUAAGACACUACUGCCACCUCUACGGAACCCUGAUAUACUCGUGGGUGAAAAUGACCUCACAGCGCUCAGCUAUCUGCAUGAGCCAGCAGUUAUGCAUAACCUCAAAGUGCGUUUUGUGGAUUCCAAACUCAUCUACACCUAUUGUGGUAUUAUUCUUGUGGCUAUAAACCCAUACAAAGAGAUACCAAUCUAUGGAGAUGCCAUCAUCCAUGCCUACAGUGGGCAGAAUAUGGGCGAUAUGGAUCCUCAUAUCUUUGCAGUGGCUGAAGAAGCUUACAAACAAAUGGCCAGGAAGAAUAGAAACCAGUCUAUUAUCGUAAGUGGAGAGUCGGGUGCAGGGAAGACCGUAUCUGCUCGAUAUGCUAUGAGGUACUUUGCCACCGUUAGUAAGUCCAGUAGCAAGGCUUGUGUAGAAGAUAAAGUCCUUGCAUCAAACCCUAUAACAGAGGCAAUUGGAAAUGCAAAGACAACACGAAAUGACAAUAGCAGCCGUUUUGGUAAAUACACUGAGAUCAGUUUUGAUAGCCGGUAUCGAAUCAUUGGUGCAAAUAUGAGAACAUACCUUCUGGAAAAGUCAAGGGUGGUGUUUCAGGCUGAAAACGAGAGAAAUUACCACAUAUUCUACCAGCUUUGUGCAUCUGCUGAUCGACCUGAGUUCAAGCAUUUGAAAUUAGCUCCUGCAGAAAACUUUAGUUACGUGAACAUGGGUGGAAAUUCUGUCAUUGACGGUGUUAAUGACCGAAUUGACUUCAUUGAAACACGAGAAACGUUUUCACUGCUGGGCUUGAAGGAGGACUUUCAGAUGGAUAUCUUCAAAGUGUUGGCAGGGAUUCUGCAUUUAGGAAAUGUGGGAAUAAGAGCUGUGGGUGAUGAUAAAUCUUCAGUCAAACACAAUGAUAAUCACCUGAAAGUAUUUUCCGAACUCCUGGAGAUAAAGCUGGAGGAGAUGGCUCAUGGGCUGUGCCACAGAAAAAUUGCAACUACCUCAGACACGGUCAUCAAACCCAUGACCAAGGUUCAGGCCAUCAAUGCCAGAGAUGCUUUGGCGAAACACAUCUACGCCCAUCUGUUCAGCUGCAUUGUGGAUCACAUUAACAAGGCUCUACAGUUUUCUGGCAAGAAGCACACAUUCAUUGGUGUUCUGGACAUUUAUGGGUUUGAAACCUUUGACGUGAAUAGUUUUGAACAGUUCUGUAUAAAUUAUGCAAAUGAGAAACUGCAACAACAAUUUAACCUGCAUGUGUUUAAACUGGAACAAGAUGAAUACAUGAAGGAAGACAUUCCAUGGGCAUUGAUAGAAUUCAACGACAACCAACCUUGCAUUGAUUUGAUAGAAGCUAAGAUGGGCAUACUGGAGCUAUUGGAUGAGGAGUGCCUGUUGCCACAAGGAACGGAGGAAAACUGGCUUCAGAAACUGGAAAAUAAUUACUUAAAUAAAAAUCAGCUCUUUGAGAAGCCUCGAAUGUUGAGCAAAGCCUUCAUCAUCCUGCACUUUGCUGACAAGGUGCAGUAUGAAUGUGAGGGAUUCCUCGAGAAGAACAGGGAUACAUUGUACGAAGAACUGAUUAAUGUACUGAAGAAAAGUAAGUUGCAUCUCCUGGCUGAUUUUUUCCAAGAAAAUGAAUCGUCUACAGGGACCCUGAAUGCAAACAUUAAAGUCAGGCCUGCGAGACCGGGCUUUAAGUCCUUUAACAAACAACAUCGAACAACUGUUGGCAGUAAGUUCCGUAAUUCUCUGCAUUUGCUCAUGGAGACCCUUAAUGCUACAACACCUCACUAUGUGCGCUGCAUUAAGCCGAAUGAUUCUAAGCUGCCAUUUGAGUAUGACUCGAAGAGAGUUGUUCAACAGCUUAGGGCCUGUGGUGUUCUGGAAACUAUUAGGAUCAGUGCGCAGAGUUAUCCCUCCAGAUGGACUUACUUUGAGUUUUUCAGUCGUUACCGCAUUCUGAUGUCUGAACAAGACCUUGCGAUGAAUGAUAAAAAACAGAUUUGCAAAGAAGUCUUGAAACAUUUAAUUCAGGAUCCGAACCAAUAUCAGUUUGGUAAAACGAAGAUCUUCUUUCGUGCGGGGCAAGUAGCGUAUUUGGAAAAGCUGCGAGCAGAUAAACUUCGUGCAGCCUCAGUCACUAUCCAGAAGAACCUACGUUGCUGGAUUCAGCGGAAAAAAUUCCUCAAGAUGAAACAAGCCGCUAUUAUCAUUCAACAAUACGUUCGUGGGCAGCGCGCUAUACGACACGUAUUGAAUGCCACUACUCUAAAACAAGCCUGGGCUGCAGUUAUCAUCCAGAAACACUGGUGGCGGUUUUUAGCGUGUCGUCGUUACCAGCUCGUCCUGGCGGCCACCAUUACAAUUCAAUCUUACACCCGUGGCUGGCUAGCAAGAAGGCAAUAUAAAAAAGUGCUGAAAGAUCAAAAAGCAUUAGUAAUUCAAAAGCAUGUCCGUGCCUGGUUGGUAAGACGCAGAUAUCAAAGUAUACGACGGUUUGUUUUAAACAUUCAGCUAUCCUUCCGUGUCAAACAGCUCCACAAGAAACUGGAUGAACAGAGCAAAGAGAACAAGGGGUUGCUGGAACGUUUGACACAUCUGUCCACAAUUCACUUGGCUGAUAUCGGCAAAUAUCAGAAGCUUGAGGAAGAGUUUCAGAAAGCAGUGACGCAGAAGAAAUUCAUUGAGGAACAAGCUAAGAAAGCCAAGGAGCAAACUGAGCAGACAUUGUUGGAGUUUAGAAAGCAAACUUUAUCACUGCAAGCACAAAACCAGAAGCUGGAGAAGCAACAUCAGGAACAGACCCAGGAAGUGAAAGAAAAAAUGGAUGAAAUCGCACGCCAGCACCUUGGUGAUUUAGAAAGGGAAGAACAGCUAAGGAGGAAAUUGGAGAAUAAUUUUCAGAUCCAGAAGGAGGACUAUGAAAAGCAAAUAAAAGCACUGAUUGAUGAAGUAAAGCAUCUACAAGAGGAAAGAAUCCAGUUGCAGCAACAGAUUCAGGAGGAAUACCUGGUAAACGAUGAUCUACGGAAGGAUAUUGCACAACUGACUAAUGAAGCACUGGUAAUUCCAAAACUUAAAGGGGACAUUGCAACUCUUGAAAUGAAGAGUCAAGAUUUAGAAAUGUGCCUGCAAAAACAAAGAAAAGAAAUGAGAGAAAAAGUGGAAGAAAUUACAAAACAGCUCCUUGGAGGUUUAGAGGGAGAAGAGCUACGAAAGAGGCUAUCUCCAGAGGACAUGGAACAGCUGAAUGAAGAUGGAGAGCUCUGGUUGGCAUACGAAGGAUUGAAAAGAGCUACCAGAGUAAUGGAAACGCAUAUCCAGUCUCAGAAAGAGAGCUACGAAAAGGAAAUUGAAGAACUCAGUUUUAGAAUUGAUCAACUCUGUGAAGAGACAACACAUCUCCAACAAAAGUUCCAAGCAGAGAAUAAUAAUAACGAGAACAUCCGGCAGGAACUGACCAGACUGGCUAAAGAAAAUCUGGUCAUUCCAGAAUUCAAACUCCAAAUCUUAGAGCUGCAAAAACAGAAACAAGACAUUGAGAACCACUUAAAGGGACAGGUUGUGGAAAUGAAAGAAAAAAUGGAAGAAGUUACUGAUCAAUUGCAAGGCAAUCUUGAAGAAGAAGGAUUCCAAAGAAGAUUGUUAGAGACUCAGAAAGCUAACUACACAAAAGAAAAUGUGGAAUUGCUUGCUAAAGUCAGAAAACUUGAAAAUGAGAAUUACCAACUGCUGAAUUGGACCCAAACUGAUAGCGCAGCCAGUAACAGAAUACAAGAAGAAGCAUCUCAAUUAACAAUGGAAAACUGGGAUCUUGAGGAACGUCUUGACCAGAAAGAAAAACAAAUCAGGAAGUUGCAAAGUCAGAUUAAGUCCUUAACCAAAACAAUUGAGGAAGGCGAUCAAACCAAUGGAAAACUGAGUCCAGUUGUGAGGAAGGAAUACCGUGGAAUGCUGGAAUGUAAAAGUGAAGAUGAAGAAAAGCUCAUCAAAAAUCUAGUUUUGGACCUUAAACCACGAGGUGUGGUUGUAAAUAUGAUUCCAGUACUGCCAGCAAAUAUCCUGUUCAUGUGUGUGCGUUACACUGAUGAUAUUAAUGAUGCUGAAAUGCUGAAAUCCCUGAUGAACUCUCUGCUUGGUGGUAUCAAAAAAGUCACUAAGGAUCACAGUGAAGAUUUUGAAAUGCUAUCCUUUUGGCUUUCCAACAGUGUCCACUUUCUCAAUUGUUUAAAACAGUACAGUGGAGAGGAGGAGUUUCUGAAGCACAACACUCCUCAACAAAAUAAUCAGUGUCUGAGAAACUUUGACCUGUCUGAGUAUAGACAGAUUCUGAGUGACUUGGCUAUUCAUAUUUACCAACAACUCGUUCAAGUGAUGGAAGAUAAUCUUCAGCCAAUGAUAGUACCAGGAAUGCUGGAACAUGAAAGUCUUCAAGGCAUUUCGAGCAUGAAGCCAACUGGGCUUCGGAAACGAUCUUCAAGCUAUCGAGAAGAAAUGAACAAGUACACCAUAUCUUCCAUUUUGCAGCAACUGAGUUACUACUUUACCACAAUGUGCCAGCAUGGCAUGGACACAGACCUGAUCAAACAGGCGGUUAAACAGCUCUUUUUUCUAAUUGGAGCAAUCACUCUUAAUAAUCUCUUCCUGCGCAAGGACAUGUGCUCAUGCAGAAAAGGAAUGCAAAUCAGGUGUAAUAUUAGUUACUUAGAAGAGUGGCUGAAGGAUAAGAACAUGCAGAGUAGCAAUGCAAAAGAGACCCUGGAGCCACUCUCUCAGGCUGCCUGGCUACUUCAGGUCAACAAGACAACAGACAGUGAUGUGAAAGAAAUAAGUAAAAGAUGUUCAUCCCUCUCAGCUGUGCAGAUUGUCAAGAUUUUGAAUUCCUAUACACCAAUCGAUGACUUUGAGAAACGUUUGGCUCCAUCCUUUGUGCGGAAAGUUCAGGCACAACUGAACAGUCGUGGAGAUGGAUCAACCUUAAUAAUUGAUGCCAAAUAUCAUUUUCAAGUGACUUUUCCAUUCAGUCCAUCUCCACAGGCGCUGGAGACAAUCCAGAUCCCCAACAGCUUCAAACUAAACUUCCUUACCAGGAUAUGACGCAUGCUACUGUAUAGAAUUUUUGUGGUAAACUUUGAAAAUGAGAGUUAUUUUUAAAAAAUUAAUACCAAAGACAUUAUUGGCCUGGACUUUGGAGAUUGGGCGUUUAUUCAUUUUCUUUCCCCUCAAAUGCCAAAAUUAAUUAGUUAUUUGAGUAUAAGUAAAUUUUUAUAUUAUGCAUUUUUUAAAAAUGCAGUCUAUUUUCACAAAAUAUUGAACAUCUUCAGUUUUGAUUGGCUGCUCUUACAAGUACAGUAUUUAAUUUUUCUAAAAGUUUCAUGGAGCAUUUGACAAAUGGCUGCAGACUUAAGUUGCAUAACGUUUUGUAUAGCGAUGAAAGCACAUUGGUGCUAUUCAUAACGUUGAUAAGAAAUUAUUCCCCCAACAAUAUGUACUAGUGGUUUAAAAAAAUGGUUUGAGCUAUGCAGGUUCUAAAAUGCUGAGAUAGAAAAGUAAUGCAUGUUUACAACCAAAGAAAAUAAAAGGAAAACCACGUAAUGAACCUAUUUAUCAGGACAUUGAUUCCUGUGUAUAGAUUAUAUUUUAACUUUAUACUAUGAAUGUUGUUCAAAAAAGCAAAAUA